AUGAGUUCACCAAGUCAACCUAAGAAACCCAAGUCGCCCAGUGAUGAUAACAAGUCUUUUGUGGAGCAAAUGGCGACAAAGAUGACACGUUUGCUGCCCAACACAAUCACAAAAUGGUUUAGUAGUCCAUCAAAUGCAAAUGGCUCGACACAAGUGGCGGAAUCAACAGACUCUUCAACAGAAGAUGAAUCCACUGACAGUCCAUUAGUCAACCAGCCAGCUGCUAAACGAAUGCGCUACAAUUUACCUGGACCAUCGAAUGUAUAUUAUGUUCCUGAAACAAGGAGCAUUAGUACUAACACUGAACCAGUUGAAUCGAGUAAUCCUGGACAAUCAAUAGCAAAUAGAAGUACAUUUACAUUAGAAACAAAUUCAAAAUCCUCUGAUGAAACUUCAGUAGAGAAGAAGAGCACUUCUCCUUAUAUUUUACAAGAUUCACUAGCAUGUACACAACGUCCUUCAAGAAAGAGGAAGUCACUUUAUGAUAUAACUACAAGUUCAAAUCAGCAUAAUGCUUCGAGUGAUGAACCAUUAGAGAAAACAGCUACAGCUAACGAGUAUAGCCAACCGUAUUUUAAAUCUAGUUUAGCUGUAGUUUCGCCGUUUUACCCAGGAAAAACUAAGUAUGGAGGUGCCAGUAGCUCAUAUAUCAAUCAACCAAAUAUUAAAUUCACAAAAACAACCCAUAUAAAUAAUACAACAAGUAAUAAUGAUGCAACUAUGAGUAAUUCAACAAAACGCAUUAUGGAUUUAUUAGAUAAUUUUUCUUCUCCAACUAUUGAUGCUAGAAGAAUUCCACAAAUUAUAAGUUCACCUGUAAAUAAUACUAAUCAGUCUCUAAACAGUACUGCGACCAGCAAAAGACACUUGUCAUUUAAAAAUAAUGAGCUCCAUGUGCCUGGUAUUGCAAGUAUACUAAAACUGAAACAAAGUUCAAGAUUAAUGAGCACAACCAGUGUUGCUCGUCAGAUAAUAGCAUCACAAAGCAGUUCAUCUAAUGAUACAUUUCCACCAAGACCUACUAGAAGUUCUACCCCAAACAUUUCAGAAGAUAAGAACCCAUUAAAAAUGAGAGUUAGAGUAUCGAAAAGGGAUUACUUGGAGUUAGAACCCACUGUUCUACCAGUCAAUCUCCCAACUGCUACUUUGCAAAUUGAUAAAGAUAAUCUGCCUAAAUUUUCCUUUGGCAAUGCUGUGCCUGAACCAACAUCAAGCUCUAAACAAAGUGAUGUUUGUAUUUCAAACAAUUCAACGCCUAAAUUGAGCAUUAUUUCCUCCUCUGAACCCAAAGGAAUAUCGACUGAUGAGGUAAAAAUAAACGAAAAACCGGUAAAUGAAAAACCGAACUCAACACAAAGGAAUACCUAUACAUUUGCAUCCCCAGUUAGAAUAUCUGUGGAAGCGGUAGAGAGCUUAGUAUCAUCACAGAAAUUUGCGUUUGGUAGCCCUGAAAGAAAUGUUGAAGACCAAAAUCAGAAUAUAAAUAGAGAAAAUAACAUAUCCACAUUGGUAAAUAAUUCUCAGAAAGCAGGGCAAAAAACAAUCCAACAGGAUAAAGAGUCAGAAAAGGAUUGCAGUGAAGUUGAUAAGUGUACUGAUUGUCAAGCUGAUUUGAAACAAGGGUGUUCUGGUAAAUGCUUUGAAUGUGAAAAAGAAAAAAGUGCGCCCAAUAAGCCUGAACCUCUAACAGUUGUAGCAACGUUGACGAAAUGGCGAUGCCCAGAUUGUUGGGUAGAUAAUGAAGAAGUUAAAGAUAAAUGUGUAUGCUGUGGAGGGAAUAAGCCCACAAAAACAAAAACAAGUAGUACUAUUUUGACAGACAAGAAAGACAAUGACAACCAGAUAUAUAACAAAAUUAAAAUAAGGGACAAUUUGACCUCUAAUGAAAUAAGUAAAUCAAGUGACAUCACUCCUUCAAUAAGUAUUGUUACACCUACAUCUAAUGUGUCCACCCUAGACAAAAUUGUUAAGAUGCAAAGUAGUAAAUGGGAGUGUCCAAAUUGCUUGGUAAGAAAUGACAACAAUAAAAGCAAAUGUGCUUGCUGUGAGACAGAAAAACCAGGAACUGCUAAAGAACUCCAAAACAAAACUUUCAAUUUUGGUGUCAGUGCCAAUGUAUUCAAGUUUGGUAUUAAUCCUAAACAAAAUGUUCCAAAGAAAGAGGCAGAAGUGAAAUCUGUAGACUUGAAACCUUUUCCAGCCAAAGAGUCUGAGACAAAUAACAAUGUGUUGUUGAACAACAAAUUUGAAAUCAAAGCCGAUGAAGUGAAAUCUUCAGAUCCAGUUAAACCAGAUGAGCCAGCUAAGCAAUCUGAAGUUUCUAAACCCACAUUCUCAUUUGGUAUACCCAAAGAAAGCACCGCUAAUACUUUUGGAAUUACUACUUCCACUCCUGUCGGAUUUUCAAUGAUCUUACCGAAAGAUAGUGAAAAAGCUAAAACAGAACAUGAUGAUAAGCCAAAGGCUGUGCCAGAAAUGAAUUUAUUCGGCAUUAAGCCCAUAAUUAAUAGCACUGCGUCACCACUGACUAAGGCUACUACUUUGCCUAUUUUGAAUAAGCCUUUUACCAUCACAGAAUCGACCACAAACAUUGCAACAACAUCUGAACAAGUUGCUCCUCAAAGUACAUUUUCAUUUUCAAGUGGUUUGACACAGCCAGUGAAUCUCCUAAACCCCCAAACAUCGACCACUGCCUCUGAAACUUCUUCAGUCAGCGCGAGUCCGGCAAUAUCGAGUAUACAGAAUUCUCCAGCUCCUACACUGCCAUUUUUCUCAAAAAAUGAAAUUAGCGGUAAUUCUCAAUCGUUAUUUUUUCAAAAAAAUGAAUCGGAGCUAUCUCUCUUUCCAAAAACAGAGUCUGCAACAACAACAGUUGCGCCACAACCACCCAUAUCCAGCUCACCAAUAUUUAGUUUUGGUAACAAUUUGACACAGAACGUUCAACCAAAUAUUGAAAAACCUAAAUUUACAUUCACAUUUGGUGCAAACAAAUCUGAUGCUCCAACGUUAUUUAAUCCCCCACCGGCCUUCGGCGCUCUAGUGGAAAAUAAAUUCAAUCUGCCCACCUCGAACACUAUAAGUAGCGGCUUGCCGGUCAACAAUACCAUGAAUAAUAGUGGUUUGCCAAACAGUAAUGGCUUGUCCACUGGCAACCCUUUGGCCGGAUUGGCGAGAGGCAAUGGACUGGGCGCAGGAACUAAUAUUGGAGGAGACGGCUUAUCUAACCCAUUAAAUCCCGUCAACAAUUUAAUGGCCGGCAGUUCAUCAACAACGGUUGGUGCUGGUAAUCUAUUUGGUGGAAUAAAGAAAGAUAUGUGGUCUGGACAAAAUAAUACUGGGAGUGGUAAUAUUUUCGUUUCCAAUACAACGACAAACAGUAUACAAAAGCCGGCUGCUUUCACAUUUGGCGCUUCAACGUCUUUUAACGCUAACAGCGCGGCACCCACUCAUUCAUUUGGUAAUCCCACGCAACCGCCGCAGCCAGCACAGCCGGCGCAAUCAGCACAGCCCUUGCCAAACCUAUUCGGCGUCGUUAGUCCGAAUAAUCAGCAACAACAACCUACAUUGUUUUCGAAUACAGUACAAAACCAGGCUACACCAAAUGUUUUUGGAACAACACAAUCUCCUGUGCCUUCAGUCGGGGGAAUGUUCGGGACGCCAAGAUUCGGAGCGCCAAAUACAAUGUUUGAAGCUCCCCCAAUGAACCCAACGCCCGCUAUGAAUCCGACGCCGACACCAUCCUUCAGUUUUGGGGCUCAGCAGCCUCAAAGUAGCAUAUUUUCAUUUUCACAGCAACCGCAGUUGCAGCAGCAACCCGGCGUGUACAACUUCGGCGCGCCCGGGGGCUCCCCGGCGGUGCAGUUCAACAUGGGCAGCGCUCCCAGCGCCACCGGACGGCGCGUCAAGAAAGCGAUACGCAGGACCACGCCUCGACCG